CUCUCCCCAACAGAGACACUCAAACAACCUUGUGACAGAAGCAAAAGGCACGAAUCACUAUGACACUUGGUGGUGACCCAUUUCUGCAAGAUGAUUUUUCUACUCUCUCCCCCUCUCUCAAUAUCUAAGGUGAAGAUCACUAAUUUUGGUUAUGGCCUUUUGGAUAUCUUUCUUUGAUUUUCCUUAUCAGAGAAUGUUAGGGAGCUGAAAGGAGGCUUGGGACUGUGUUGCAGUAGAUAAAAAGGAGGUGAAAAUACUCUGAACUUUGGUAUGAUGGAUGCUUGCCAAUCACCUCCUUCAUUUUCCUCCCCUCAAGGAGCUUCGCAUUAUGAUGAGCUCUCCAUGAAAGAGAGUUUGAUCUUUUCAGAUAGCCUGAAGGGUGAAAGGGUUUGGAUUUGUCUUGCAUGCUAAUCAUAAGCUUUUCUCUAAUCAGGACUUGAAGGAUCUUAGGAAGCAGUUAUACUCAGCAGCUGAAUAUUUUGAAUUAUCUUACAACGGACAAGAUCAUAAACAAAUGUGAGAUGCAUAGGUUUUCAAUUCAUCAUAGUGUACCGGCUUGAGCAUUUAUUCAUGUUGUGCAUCUCUUUGUUGACCUUGUCAAUAAUGUAGAGUGGUGAACACGCUUAGAGAUUAUAUAACUAAAGCUUUCAUCAACACUGUGGAUCACUUGGGCUCCAUGACUUAUAAGGUCAAUAGUCUCCUGGAUGACAAGAUUGGGGAAGCUUCUGCAAUUGACCUUAGAUUCUCGUGUUCAACAGAGACAACGAAUGUGUGAGAUGUCCGUAGACCACGGAGGCCUAUCUCAACAGUCGCUAGCGAUAAGGACUCCGAAGCACCACAUGCGAUAUAUCUUACCAGGCAUGCUUCCCUUCACAACAUUUGUCAUUGGUUUAUUAAGGCCAAAAGAUCGAAGUCGGUUCAUGCUUAAGAACUUUCUUUCAGUUUCAAAAGCUAAAGACGGUGGAGACAACAAAAAUCUGCGAUAUUGCGUGACAAAUGAAGUGAAUGGCGAAAUAUCAGCAGAAGUAUAUCCGAGAAAUAUAGAGACUUCUGCAUCAAUCGUCAGGAGACGGCAUUUGGCAACACAAUUUCCACAAUCCUCCCGAACGGGCCCCUUUUCAUUCGCAAGUACCUUGUCCAACAAAAAAGCAGAAAAACGCACCUCCCCAUUUCUAUUUCAACUCACACGUUCAAGUUCUCUGGCCGAUAAAUCCACAACUCCAAACCCUUCUAACGCCAAAAAACGAUACCCAUCGGAACCCCAAAGAUCCACUUCAAUGUCUACUCAUGUUGAGAGGAACAGAAGAACUGAUAUCGAGCUAUGUUCCAGCAAAAACAAAAGUCUCUUCAAGGCCUUGCUUAGCAUGCGGAAGUCAAGAAAGGACAGCAAGUUGUACAAGUUCCUGGACGAGAAAUAAGAAGAAGGGAUAAAGGAAACCGGAUAGACCCACAUAUGAGUUUCUUUGCAUCAAAAGUGUACCUAAAUAUGUUGAAGAUCACUGGAAAUACUUUGAUUAUGUCGUAUAACUAAAAACGUUUCAGAUCAGACAGCUGCAAAUGAAUUUGGCACCAGAACGCUCCACAUAAAAACAGGAGCUCAACUGUACAGUUUCAUGUGUGACAGGCAGAAGAUUCUUCAGUAACAAUAUUGUUGAAUGAGCAAUGGAUAUGGUUCAAAAUCCAAGAUCAAAACUGGGACACUCAGCCUUCACUUUCAAUGGAUCUCUAUCUCCUUCAGGGUCCAUUCUUUUAUCACUAGCAUUGCUGUGAGAACAGUGUGAAAGCAAUGCUUCAGAAACAAGAUUGUCGCUGCAGCACUUGGGGACAGCUUGCCCAUGAGAAGGCUGCAAAUGUUAAUUGCAGCAGAUGUACAUGUUAGUCAUACAAAGCUCAGUGAAAUUGAGAAUGUCCUCAAGGUAAAUAAAGAACUAGAUUUUGGACA